UAGAGUGCCUAAGCAAGGGAAGACUGAGCUAGGAAGCGACUGCAGCACGUGGGUGCGUUUGUCAGAAGCGGCGAUGGGCAAAAAAGAGAAGAAAGUUGCUGUGGCUUCCGCUGCUCCGCGGAAGGGGCUUCUCCCCCGUAGUAGCCAUGUGAAGAAAAAGGCAAAUUCAAAACCAGAUUGCCUGAAUCAGCAAGAAAUUCCAUAUCGGUUGAGAGAAAUCAUGAGGAGCCGAAAUGAACUAAAAAACCCCACCCGCAAGAAGAAGAAAGCUGCAAAUAAGCAGAGGCCUCAGUCAGAGGGUGACAUACCAGUACCGAAGUUCAAGAGACGGCGAGGGGAAACUCAGACCUCAUACAAUAGACGUAUGGACCGGGAAAUUGAGCACGUGCGCUUUCUCACUGAAAACCAGACACAGCGUGAGCCUGAAAAAGAGAUAAAAGUCCAAGAAAAGUCACAGAAGAAAAAAGAAUUUCAGAAGAAGAGGCUGGAAAAAAUCCGUAAGCAAAAAACAGAGAAAAAAAUAACAAUGCUCGAGAAGGACCUUCUCAAAGACUCAAUAAAUUUUGGAGAAGUUGCUCUACAGCCUCCCACGCUUACAGCGAAACCCAGAAAGAGUGUUAUCAAAGACAAGGGUGAUCAGAGGCAGCAACUUCUCCUAACACCUCUUUUGGGCUCUGGCAGGAAAGCCAGUGUUAAAAAACCAGUCCAUGCCUCUCUCGCUCGCCAAAGGAUCGUUCAAGAGGAGAGAGAACGGGUUGUCCAAGCUUAUCGGGAUAUAAAGAAAAGGAAACAGCAGCAGCAACAGCAGUUGAAGGAAAGCUUUCGUGCUAUAGAUAAACUAAAGAAACCAGCCUGAGUUGGCAGAACAGUUUUAUCAUUCCGAGAAACACGAUGCCAUUACAAACCAAUUAUAGAAUGACAACUAAGUCUACUUCUCCUUUCCACUUCGAAUGAGAAGUAACCAGCAACACUGAUAAACAGAUUAACAGCUGAGCAAUGCAAGUUUACAAGCUUCGCUUUUCUGAGCAGACCAAAUUCUUUGAAAAGUGUUUCUUGUAUCUCAGUUUGUUGAAUUUGUAACAUGAAGAAACACCUCCACACACACACACAUUUGCACCCCCUACUUCCAAAAGGAUUAGUAAUUUGGAUUGGCUACAAGAGUCGGAGCUAGUUUUCAGAUAUCAAUCUAUUUUGAUGUUUCUCAUAAGCCUCCUUCUGAUGCUGAAGAAAACUGUUCUCCAGUUGGACAUUGCACUCCUUUUGGAAUUUUUUUAAGUCUGUGUGUGUUUUCCCCAUACCUGGAUUGUCAAAAAAGUUUGUGAAAAAAACAAAACAAUCCAGACUGGGUCCCUCUUUGAAGUUUAGUUACCAGCUUCUGAAUCAAAGUCAGAGAUGUGUUGAGGGACUUGGACCAUUUUCUCCAAGAUGUUAUCAGAGCAGAUGAAUUGGAUUAAAAUAUGUUUCUACACAAAUGUAUCUUCUUGCUAGUUUGCUGGUUCUAUUGUUGAAAAUGAUUUCCUUGCAGAAGAGAAAAGGGAUUGCUACUCUAGGUACAGCUACUAGAUGGACAUCCACCAUUGAAUACCAGCAAAAACUUUGAUUGGAUGGAAGUCCUUAAGAGAAGAUAAAGCAGAAGGCGCACUUCCUUGGCAGAGGUUUAAGAUGAAGGGGAGGAAGCAACAUGCUUAUUUUGCAGAGCAUUUUUGACAACUUUAUGAAAGCGAUCAGAGGGAGACAAUUUUGCCAUCUUUGUCUUUCCCUUCCAAAUCCUGGUGCUGUUGUACAAUAACAAGAACAUAUAUUGGCAAAAACCAAUGAAAGAAUUUAAAUAGAGAAAUAAAGCGGCAUUGCUGUACCCAGUAA